AUGCGCGCCCUCUGCCACAUGGAGCGCCUUCACCGAGCCCCGGACGCCGGCCCCCUACUCACCAGACUGCGUGCACUGCCCAACUCGCGCAUCGGACGAAUCCUCGACUUCUACGACAGCUUGGUGGUCGAGGAGCCGACGCCCCCUGCUCACUGGCCCGCCCCACACUGCCGCGAGCCCCUGCGAGUCUCCCUCGAGCUCCCCGGUGGCCGCUCCAAGCGCGUCACCCCUCGCUGUGCCAUCGCUCAAGAAGCCGCAGCGCGGAUGCACGAGGACCUCGCCGGCAGGACUCACGUCUUCACUGACGGCUCUGUACUGCAGGACCACUCUGCUGCAGCAGCCUGUGUCGCUCCCGAGCUCGCCACUGACGUCCAGAGACGCCUGAGCUACUGUGCCUCCUCUACCACUGCCGAGCUGGUGGGUCUACAGCUAGCUGCCGAUCUCCUUCGCGAGUCGCCGGCGGUCACUGGCGCGGCCAUCUUCUGCGAUUCCAGGGCAGCCCUGCGCCAACUCGCGAUGGAGGACCGCGGCCCUCCGCUCGUCCAGCGCGUCGCCCAGAGCCUCCUGCCACUUCGUCGGAGUGGUUACGACGUGGUCCUGCAAUGGCUACCAUCCCACGUCGGCAUCGCGGGCAACGAGGCGGCGGACGAACUCGCGAAGCGAGCACACUCCAGCGUGACCCCGCUCACGGACUACGGAACAUCGUUCGACUCGGCGCGCAUCAACUUUCGCCGUGAGCUGAUGCGAGAGCAUCCGGACGCGCGGAUCGCCGCUGGACACGCCCCACCUCUCCUUCCUGCAACUGGCUUCUCCCGCCGCAAUCGCGCGCUCCUCCUCACCCUGAGGACCGGUUCGGCGUGA